CUGCAGUUUCAGGAGUGAAUAAUGGCAUACCCCUUUUCAGCACCAUCGAGCUUUGUGGCCAUUGCAGAUCUUCACCCAAAUCUGGCCCGUCCUAGUGUAAUUGGUGUGGUGAUUGGGAAAACAGAUGCAAAAGGCUUUCCAGACAGAAAAAACAUUGGUGCAGAAAGAUACACUUUUGGUUUUACUGUACGUGAUUCGCCAUCUUACUUCAUAAACGUAAAUUCUUGGGGAAGAGAGGAAUACGUUAAAUCGCUUUCAGAAAGUUUUAGAGUCGGUGACUGCGUCGUCAUUGAAAACCCUUUAGUACAGACAAAAGAAGUAGAAAAGGAGGAAAAAUUUAACCCUUCAACACCAAGCUGUUACAAGCUACUGCUUAGCGAGACUCAUUCAGUGGUCAAAAUCUGUUCUCGCUGUGAAGUGGACACCAACCUGCUGUCGCUGUUGAACGUGCCUGUGAAGGAACCUCACGAUUUUUACUCACUGGGGGACAUUGCAGCCAACGGGCAGAGUUUGGACGGGAGAAUCAUCAACAUACUUGCUGCUGUGAAGUCGGUCGGCGAGCCAAAGUUUUUCACCACUUCGGACAGGCGAAGAGGUCACAGAUGCGAAGUGCGGCUGUUUGACGAAACUCAGUCUUCCUUCGUGAUGAUAUGCUGGGACAAUGAAUCUAUCCAGCAUGCACAGAGCUGGAUGCCUCGAGAAACAGUAAUCUUUGCAGCAGAUGUGAAAAUAAACUUCGACAAAUUUAGGAACUCCAUGGUUGCAACUGUAAUCUCCAAAACCAUUAUUACUCCUAAUCCUGAUACACCAGAAGCAAAUAUUCUUCUCAGCUUCAUCAGAGAGAGUGCAGAAAUGUUAGCUCUGGACGAUGAAAUAGGAGAUCAGUUCAGAGAGCCCGUAAAUUUACAGACAAUAGCUGAGGUUUACACAGUGGAGCAGUUAAAGACAAAAGCUUUACAAGACGAGGGGAAACCAGAACCUUUCUAUGGCAUUAUUUUUGCCUACAUUUCCAUGCUGAAUAUUGAUAGCGAAACAGCUAAAAUCAUACGGAACAGAUGUGCCAGGUGUCAAUAUGUGAUCAACGAAACAACCAACGGGUGCUCUUUCUGUAGUGGCUUUCCCUCCUCCUCAGACGUACCAGCCUUCCCCAGCUUUCAUCUACUGGUUGAUCUGACCGACCACACAGGCACUCUCCCUUCCUGCAGCCUCUCAGACACCGUGGCUGAAGAAACUUUAGGCUGCACGGUUCAGGAGUUCCUGGCUCUGACAGAGGCUCAAAAGACAGCAUUAAAAUGGCAACUCCUUUUGGAGCGAAGUAAAAUCUAUUUCAAAGUUAUUCUUUCGCCCAGUUCAAGGAGUGGACUGAGAACAAGUCUACUUUCCUGCAAACUAGCCGAUCCUAUAGAAUCGAGCCUAAAUUUGAUCAGAAAAGAAAUACCCCACAUGCCUGCCAAGCAGCUAGAAGGACUUUGUUAAACAGGUUCACAGAAUGUUCAAAUUAAAUUCUCAAAAAAAAGGGGGGGGAUGUUGGCUGCCACUGCAGUGGGCUGAAAUAUACUGAAAUGCUUUGACCCCUUAACAUGUAUAUUGUUUCUGGAAGAAUAUGUUUAAGAAACUGUUUUGUCUUCAUGUCUUUCCUCACAGCAAGGUGUUCAAAUUUCUGUUAACUUUAAGCCCUUUAACUAAGGAAGUUGCAUUUCAUUAAUAAGGCAUUUCAGAAAAAUGUAUGCAAAUGGAUAGAAGUUAUUUUGCUCUGUAAGGAUUUUUUUUUAAAUGUCACGUUUUCUAUAAGAAGCAGGGACACAAAACUUUGUGUUUGUGUAGUAUGGUAACUGAUGUGAAUUAACAUUGAUUUUAUGUCUCAUAUCAGGCUAUGAAGUCAGCGGCUGACCUCUGGCUGGUCGCCUUCUCCACCACCACAACUCUUCUCAGUUUGUAGUACAUGAUAAUAUUGAUCUAGUUUGCAACUGUGAGGAUAAUUCUGCCAGUGCAGGUGGAGUGCUUUGUCUACCAUAAAUAGUGGGGUUUUGUUUGUUUACAAGCCAAUAAGCAAAGAAUACAAUAAAUAGUCUACUCUUUAUUAUGACUGAAAAAGGAAGUUUUCAUUUAUACCAUCAUAUUUAAUACCAUGGCCAAAGUGUUUUCUACAUCAAAUUCUUUAUUUACGUACAUUUUAAUGUAAUCUUUCAAACAUACUCUGUUUAAGAAGGCAUCCAAGUGUGUGCAUGCUAACACGACAGAAAGUAAUAUUUCCUUCAUUGUUUGGCUGUAUUUUCAAGAAAGGCCACAGUGAGGUUUGAUAUUAUUAUUGACAGUGAAACUGUUCAACUUUGCUCAUUCAAACAGGGGCAGGUGAGCAGCAGCCGCUCCUACAUUCUCUCUUCUUGGGUUACACAAAGAAAGGUGCGGCAGAGAGAGGAGUCUGGGCUCAUCUCCCCAUCCUGGGGUGGGGGAGAACAGGCCCUGUUCUUGCAGGCUUCCAAAGUGCUCGGCCUCUU